UAGCCUCUCAAUUCUUUUAUAUAAGAACCCUACCACCCUUUGAUUUGCCUCUUUCACUCUUUCUCUCUCUCUCUCUCUUUGAUUUGUUUGUUAUUAUUCUUUCUCUUACACCCUAUCCCUUUGUACUGUCCACUGUUCUUUCUCUGUGUGUUAUUAUAACUCAUCGAUCCAUCCAUCCAUGACUCCUGUUUCUCUGAAUCCACCAGGUCCUAAUUCCUUACUACAAGGUCAAAACCAAUUCUUCAAUAUUUCUCCUGUUAAUCAGGACACUCCUACCUUCUUUAACUUACUUGGAGACUUUGGAGAAAACUAUGAUCAUCAUCAUCAUCAGGAUCAUAAGCUGGCAUUUCAUCAUGAUGGAUCAUCAUCAAGCAAUCAUCAACAACAACUCUAUAAUUCAUCAAGUGAGUCAGUUAUGGUGGAUUCAAGCAGUGCACGUGACACAAAUUUAUCAUCAUCCUUGGAGCUGGAAGAUAGCAGCAAAAAGAACAGUCACGGGUCUGAGAAAUGGAUAUCUUCAAAGAUGAGGUUGAUGAAUAAAAUGAUCAACACAACUGCUACUGUUGCCACAACUCCAAUAAUGAGACCAAACAACAGUAUUGCAGCCACUACUGACAAAGCUAUCAAGACAACAACUCCAAUGAUGAGUCCUAGUAAUUUCGGUACUAGUCCAAGAAAUCAAAAUGUAAGGUACAGCCAAACAAGCCCUAGUAGUAACAGCGGUAACAACACCGUUAGGGUUUGUUCUGAUUGUAGUACAUCUCAUACCCCACUUUGGAGGAGUGGCCCUAUGGGUCCAAAGUCACUUUGCAAUGCUUGUGGAAUCAGGCAGAGAAAGGCAAGAAGGGCCAUGGCAGAAGCUGCAAAUGGUUUGGCUACAUCUCCUAAAACUAAAGUGCUUAAGAUAAAAAAGCCUACACAAUUCAAGACUAAGAACAAGGCUUCUACAAGUACCUCUUCAACUUCAACUACUUCUGCUGGCUCAUCAUCUCAAGAUGUGAAGAAACUUGAAUCUUUUGCAUUAGAUUAUGAUUAUGAUGAAGCAGCUACGGCGGCACGACUUCUGGUGGAUAUAUCUUCUGGUGUUACUUACUGAUCUUAAAUAUAAGACGGUGGAUUUGGAUUUUCUCAUGUGGGAAUUUCACAGUGAGAGGUUCAUACUUUUUUGACAUUUUUGGUUUUGUUUUUUACUUUUAUAUUAAAAAUAAUUGGUGACUAUUUUGUUUCGUAUUGUUAGUUGUGAAAUCAAGCAGAUUUAAAUACAGCACAACCAAAAUAAGGUUUGUUUUGCAUUACACCUGCAUUUACUAUGGUGAAUUAAAGAAAAGUUUUGUGUGAGCUUUCAUUUA